GCCUCAACAAACUCUUUUUUACUCCCAAAGCCUUUUUCCUCUGACCCGGCUGAGACUGCUGCUCUAAGAGGAGACCCCCGACUCAGAGAGAACCCCCGCCUGCCGUCAGAGGCUGAAAGGGCCCUGGAAGCUUUUCUCGGUUCCUGUCUGUUCCAGCAGCCCCAGAGGCUCUGAAGCCCCUCCAUGAAUCCUCGGAAGAAGGUGGACCUCAAGCUCAUCAUCAUUGGAGCCCUGGGUGUUGGAAAGACUUCCCUCCUCCACCGAUUCGUGCACAAGACAUUUUACGAGGACUAUCAGACCACACUGGGAGCCAGCAUCCUCUCCAAGAUUAUCAUACUGGAUGACACAACUUUGAAGCUACAGAUCUGGGACACAGGAGGACAGGAGCGAUUCCGCUCCAUGGUGUCUACAUUCUACAAAGGCUCUGAUGGCUGCGUCCUGGCUUUUGAUGUCACUGACCUGGAGACCUUUGAAGCCCUGGAAACCUGGAGGGGUGAUGUUCUGGCCAAAACCAUUCCAAUGGAGCAGUCCUACCCCAUGGUGGUGCUGGGGAACAAGAUCGAUCUGGCAGACCGGCAGGUGCCACAGGAGGUAGCCCAAGACUGGUGUAAAGAGAAGGAUAUUCCCUAUUUUGAAGUCAGUGCCAAGAAUGACAUCAAUGUGGUACAAGCCUUCGAGAUGCUGGCCAGUCGGGCUCUGUCAAGGUAUCGAAGCGUCUUAGAGAAUUACCUCACAGACUCCAUCAAGCUCUCACCAGAAGGCCAGUCCAAGAGCAGCUGCUGCUGACCUUCCAGACUCCUGCUCUGCACACCCAGGGACAGAGCAUGCGCAAGGCCUGGUCAUUCUGGGCCCCCACCAGCCCCACUGCCCGCCGAAGCUCAGAUGGCAGUCCAGGCUCUGCGGCCAGAGCCCUGAAUCCCUCGUAUCUGCGCGGGACCCAGAACCAGAGGGCGGCCCUGCCUCAGGCUGAGUGUAGAGAGGCCGGGGCUGGGCCCUUGAGCCUGGAUGAAACCCCGGAUGUCACAGCCAAACCCCAGAGGAGUCACAAUUCCCUCGUGGACUCCAGCUUUCUUGCCACACGCCCUUCCCAGCCACACCCCUGCUCCAGAACGCACAUCUCUGCAGACAGGCCGCUCUCUCUGGAGUCCUAUUAUAUUCUCCUAUGGACUGGCCUUCCUCAGCCCAACCACCACACCCCCCAAGAGCCACAGCACAGCUUUGGACAAGGGUACAGCUCAGGCUCCCUCGUAACCGGGGCCAGGGAGUGAGGGUCUACCUCAACCCCUGGCAGCAGCUGUUCAGACCUGGGACACUCCCGUUUGUCCCCUCCAGAAUGCAGGACUGAGGGAGCGCAGGAAAAACCCACCAGGGACUGGUGCAUUUCUCCCUGCUGGUGCUCAGGCAACUCCCAUAACUCUUUUUGAGCUUCAGCUUAUUCAUCUGUCAAAUGGGAGUCGCAUGUGCCC